AUGACCGAUGCCAGAAGACAAGAAAUUUCGAGAGAAAUAUUUUUCAGCAAAAUAUCCACGUACAUCUUAGAAGUAACCGAGCGAGUCGAUUUGGAGCCAUACAUCCCAGUUUUGGAACUUCUUCGUUGGCUAUUUGUCCCCUCGAUCGAGCAUCGUAUCUUAACUCUGCUCGAGCAUUUCGUAUACAACGACAACGGCGUGGAUUCGUCCUGCAAUGAGUCAGCCCAAAGUUUCCUUGGCGAUAUGGAGUCGUGGCUGGAAGCAUCGAACCAACUCAACCGAAUACUCAGACCGGACGGACUCGCGCGAAUUUUCGUGAAUUCAAUUUUACUUGGAAAUCGUAUUACGAGGAUUAGCCGGCAAUUAGAUAGCCUGAGCGUCGAAGAUUCGACUCGAUGUCCAAAGCAUGACGCAGCAAACAACGGAGCCGAGGGAGGACGGCAAUCACGCAAACGAAAGGCAACCUACGAGGAGGAGAUCCCGACAGCAGCCAACAUUUCAAUAGAGGAUCAAACAGAGGGAACAAAGCGCAGUAAGCUCCGUCUUGUCGUCACGGAGCUUCCGUCUUCGGAGAGGGGAUGCUGUAGCAGCAGCCAUCGUCGAACCGAUUACUUGAGGCUACCUUGCGACAGUCGGGCACUCAAGCAAAAACUUUUCAAGCACCAAGAGGCGCCAAAGAACUCCGGCAAGUUUGAUCAGCGUCUGAAGAAUGUUUGCAGCUGUCUGAACAACGUGAUGGAGAGGAUGGACGAUGAAACGUUGAAUGACGCCGCGCUUUUUUGCGAACUUCGUAGGAAUUACGUGAGAUUCAAGUUGAGCAGAAUCAAGUCAAAACUAUGUAUGUUCGCCAUGAGGGUGGCAUUCGGAUGCCAGCUGCAGCAGCAACAGCAGCGCAGAAGGGAUAACUUGCGAGAAGACGAUGCAUCGUCGCAACCGCGAUAUUGUUGGAAUGGAAAUUGCUCAGUUUCUCAGAAAGAUUGCGGAAAUGGAAGUUCUGACGACUUGUGCGAUAAAUCUACCACUUCGGACAACAGUGAAAUUGGAUGUGCGAUAAGAUUCUUGUGGAAUCCCAGUCGUCAUUGUUUUGCAACAUCUUCGGUUGAAGAUGAAUUGAGUGACGACGAAAAGAAUUGUUAUGAGGGCAAUGAAAGUCGCGAAAGCUACAACAACGCAUCGCAUCGCGAAUGUGAAAGUCAGAAAAAUAUGACAAGCAAGGAAUACUGUUUAUGUGUUCACGAGAAUACAUCUGACGAAUGCGAAAUAAAGUCGCCGAGUAUAGAAGAGACAAAACGUUGUCAUUUUGAAAUGAUGACCGAUGAUAUCGAAGAAAAAGAUUACGAUAGGACUGCAAUUGAGCUAAAAUGUGCUGCCAUUAUGACCGACGAAGUAGACGAACCUGUAGAGCUUACAAAUAUUUACGUGAAUGAAAUCUCUAUUUGUUGUUGCUGUCAGGGAUGCAACGCACUAGAAAAUGUUGGUGUCAAUACGGAAUCUAUUCUCAAACAUUCGAACGGUAGUGUAGAGGCUAGUACGAAUACAGAAAAAUGUAGACUUAAAGAAAUGUCUACGCAAGUAUUUUUCAAAGAAAUACAAUUUUGUACUUGCUACAAGAAUGUUGAUGAAGAGUUAGAGAUUAAAAAUCUUAAAUUUGAAAAUCAAGGGGUAGAUUUCAAUUGCCAGUUUGAGAAUGAAAUGGCCAUUGAUGAAAAAAUCAAAUUGAUCGGAAUAAAUAAUAGAGUGGCUGAACAAAACAUCAAAGAAACACCUUUCGAUGAGAUUAUUUGGAAACUCGCCGAAUCCCCGUGUAAAAGCUCGGAGUUUACCGAAAUAAUGAAGUUGAAAAUCAAUGAAAUUGUUGAUCUCAACGAAAAGAUUCGUAAAAAAGUUAAUAAGAUUAAAGAUAACAAAGACGCUCGCUCGGUGUUGGUUCAAACUUUGAUAAAGCAAAUAUCGCGCGACAGCGUAACCACGAAAAUACAAGUAAAAGCGUCAGUCAUAUCUUUCAAAUCGAAAGCAAGUGGUAAUACGUGCGUAACCAAACCGAGUGCCAAUGGAAACUUGGAAGUUUGUGAAAAUCCUGUGCUUGGAUUAAAUGACACAGUAGGCGACAAUUCUCCUUUGAAAAAGUCUAUUCUCACCGAAGUCACGGCGUCGCUAGAACAUCCGAUACUGCAAAGAUUGAAAACCGACAUCAUCUACCAGUGUGUAAAAAUGUCGAAAUCAUCGUCUCUGUCCAACAGCUAUUUCUGUAGCGACACAUCUAGUAUCGAGAAAUAUUUCGUUUACAGUGAGAACGACUAUUACAAUAAGAGCGAUGCUCAACGUACUUGUCGAUGCUCGAAGAAAAGUAAUUUUCUCAAUUUUCUAUUGGAUUACCUGACAAGGGAGACCUAUGAAAAAUUCAAAAGAAUCUUACGGUUAAUUCUGAAGAAGCUACUGGAGAAAGCAAAGGAACUGAACGCCCUGCGAAAGUCGGGAAUGAGAUCCAAAUGUCGUUGCUAUUGCUGCAGAGACGAAAGCUACGAGGAAUGCCGCAGCGACGAGACGCGCAGUAGCGAGAAAAACUCGGCAGCGUCGCGUCUGUCUGGCGGCGGUAGCGACGUGACUGCCUCGUGCGAUGAUUCAAGGAAGCGCAAGCUAGUCAAACUUACAAGGAGCGCGCUUACUUGUCGGGAUCUCGAUUGUACGACUGAGACGAAAGUUCAACGAAGAUACAGAAGAAGACGAUCGCGAAGAAAGCCCACCGAGAGAUGUCGAGACGAUGUCGAGAAUGGCAAUGGUUUGAAACGUUGUCGGACUGAAAUUUUUACCCCGGCUCGUGCAAAUUCUUGCGCCGGUUAUCGAGAUUGUCCAGUGUUCACCAAUUCAUGGAAGUAUUGUUAUGUUCGUUAG